UCCUUCGCGACUCAUCGUGCCAGACGUCUGCCCUCCAUGGCCCAGAACAUGGAAACACCUGCUCUUCCUCCUCUCGGCCCUCUUCAAAUCCAUCUGACUCAACAGCCUGCCCAGAUGGGUGCCGGCAACGGCGGCGGGGUGGGUCAGUUCGGGGGCAAAGAUGCAAUCCACAACUUUAUCCAGGAUAUCUGGUUCCAGUACUCCUCCAUGGGCGAUGCCCAGCGCGGCCAGCUGCUCAAGGGGCUGAUUGCACGCUCAUCGACAAAACAACUGGACCUCAUUUCCACGUUUGUGAACGCGCACACUCAUACUUCUUGUCCGUACCUGUGGGCAAAAAGCGACCAUGAGAUCAUGGCCACGGAGCAGCGACAUGGCAGGACCGAUCGCUUCAGCAGCACGGAGCUGGGUCUCGACGGCGGCACCCACCUGCCCAGCCAUAUCAAUGCAAACCUGUACAUCAAGCUGCUGAACACAAACUACGACUGUACCGAGCUUACGAAGCAAUCGCAAAAGGCCGGCCCGGACACCAUGAGAAACAUGCUCGGCUUUCUCUCGGAGCGAUGCAAGAAGCUGCAAUCUUUGAUCACAUGCAUGCGCACGAUCUCGACCGAGCAGAGCGCCGACAAGUGCUUUGGGCUUUUGCUUGACUGUGCCCUGACCAACACCGACGGGAGGUGGAUCACGCUCUACCUGCUCGACGAUUCCAGACGCAAACUGCUGCCUCGUGUGAGCAACUGGAACAAAAACGCACAGGAUGCUCUGGACGUGGACCGGGUCUUUUGCACCACCCAGGUGCUGAAGGGCGAGAUCGGCAAUCUCUACAAUGUCAAGGGCUCGGAUCUGUACACCAACGAGCUGGACGAGACCUACGGCAAGAUCGAGGUCGAGUGCAUCGUCUCUGUGCCAAUGUUCUCACAGAGUAACCAUGUCGUGGGUGUUUUGGAAAUCAUCAACAAGGUCUCGGGCUCGCCUUAUUUUGGCGCUGAGGAUGAGUUUGUGCUCAAAUCGCUGGCGUCGAUGUGGACGCUUCGGCUGGACAGUGUGCGCACAACACACGAUACCAUCCGCAAAGUCGACGACAUGCAGAUCCUCCUCAAAACUGCCUCAAACAUGUCGUCGGAAAUGGAGCUGGGAGAUCUUACCAUCACAAUCAUGAACACUGUCAAGGAGCUGCUCGGAGCAGAGCGAUGCACACUAUUCAUCCUGGAUCGCGAGAAGCAAGAGCUCUGGUCGGCGGUGGCUCAAGGCACCGCUGAGAUCCGCAUUCCUCACAACAGGGGUAUUGCUGGACAUGUCGUCCAAACGGGCGAGCUACUUUCGAUUCCUGAUGCAUAUAGCGACCCACGCUUCAAUAGAGCCAUUGAUUUGAAAACCGGCUAUCGAACGAGGAACAUCCUGUGUGUCCCCAUGAAAAACAGCUCAAACAAGAUCAUUGGAGUCGUUCAAAUCAUCAAUAAGCUACCCGAGUCGUCGCAUUUUACCAAGGACGACGAGAGCCUCAUCCUUUCGUUUUCGAGUCUGGCUGCCGAGACCCUUGAGAAGUCCAUGGCGUUCAAGAAAAUGAAGGAAAACCUGGAAGCUUCCCGAAAGACGAACGAGCUGCUGGAGGCCGUUGCACUCUACACCCCGGGCGUCGUUGUCACCAUCGAUGCAUCCGGCAAUGUGAUUCGAGUCAAUCAGCCCGACAAACUCGACGAGCCCAUAUGGAUUCCGGAGAGUCAGCCCAUAAAAUACGAGCAAUUUUUCGGAGAGGCCAACCCGCAGCUGCUUGUGGACAUAUCGCGGGCCAUGUUAACAAAGAACACCACAGUCUAUGGCCAAGAAUACGAGUGGAUUGUCAAUGAGAACGUCAAGCGAAUCAACUACCGAAUCAACCAGAUUGUCUUGAGUGGUGGUCUUGGCGCCAUUGUUGUGGUGGAGGAAAUCACAGAGAGCCUGCGAAUCAAAUCGAUCAUUUCGAGGCAAGAUCUCUCGUUGGAAUGGCGCGCGGUAGUUUACUUACAUGAUGGCAAUGGAUACAUGCCACCGGCGAUCGUCAACAAGCUCAUGGAAGAUCGUGCCCGGCUGGAGGGUAUCCGCCAAAAAGGAAGCGUGGUACAAAUCAAUCUCGAAGACUACUGUGUUCAAUCGGACCUGAUGAGUCCAACGACUGGCAUCGCGGUGUUGAAUCGCUUCUAUACCUACAUGCUGGAGUCGCUGGUAUCGGAGCAAGGCAUCUUGGACCACUACGCCGGCGAAUCGUGCCAAGCAUUGUUUGGCCUGCCCUUUGGCAAGAGCGAUGAUGCCGUUAGAGCGGUGCGGUUUGCUUUCAAGGUCCGUGUGUUCCUGGAGGAAUUCAAUCUCAAGAAUGUCAAGCUGGGUGCAUCCAAGCUCGAUUACGGCAUUGGAAUCACGACGGGGACGCUCUUGGCGGGGCUGAUUGGCUCAACCAAACGGCAAGACUACUCGGUAGUCGGAGAUUCGUGCGCUAUCGCCAAGUUGCUGGAGUCAGCCACAAAGACCUACGGAACGAUCAUCUUGAUCUGCGACAGGACCCAGGACGAGGUCCGCGAAAAAUUCCACCUGCGUGAGGUCGACACUAUCAGCUCUGGCAAAGGCAAGCCCGUGACGGUGUACGAAGUGCUCGCCCCGAUCGACAUUGAGCUCUCGCACGACAACAUGACAUCGCUCAUAUGCUUCGAGCUCGGUCUUGCAGAGUAUCGGGCCCAAAAAUGGCAAGGCGCCAUCUCCCACUUCAAAAAGGCCGUUCAGCUCACGGACGACCGUCCAUCCAAGCUGUUUAUCGAGCGAUGCCGUGCCAUCAUGGAGGGGCGCUGCACCAUCCCCACGAUCUGGAAUGGCGUGUGGGUGUUGAACAACCACCAGUGA